AUGGCCCAGGUUGAUACCACCGUUGAUACUACCAAAGAAGACCCCACGCCGUGCCCAACAUGUGGGUGGUCUGAUUUACGGCGAAGCAGAUGCAGCCACAUAAGUCAGGUCAAGCUCGUCAAUGCCAUAAGCAACCGAGCUUGGUGGCAUAUCGGCAGUGACAUGGUUCUGAAAGAGGAUCCGUACGACAAGUGGAAGACGUCGGAAGUUGCCAAUCUCAAGUUCAUUCAGGAGAAGACCACAAUUCCUGUUCCGACGAUUGUGAAAGACUGGGUGCAGAGUGACAACCGCCAUUUUCUUCUCAUGGAGCGCAUGCCGGGAGAAACUCUGGAUACACUGUACCAGAAACUAUCCACUGCGGAGUUGGAGGCUAUUGCUGACCAAGUGGCGGAGCUUAUCCAGCAGCUUAGGCCACUGCAGUCCCCUCAAAUUGGUGGCAUCGGAGGCACACCACUACACAAUGGCUGGAUUUUCGUUAACAAUAUGGAGCCAGCUGGCCCAUUUUCUUCAGACGACGAGCUUUGGGACUGCAUUAAAAACGGCUUAGCCAAAGUCCCAGCAAAAGCCGUGGAAAAUCUUCGAAAGCGCAUGCCAGCCUGCAAGCCAUAUACGUGGACACAUGAUGACCUGAGCUCAUCGAAUAUCGUGGUCAAGGACGGGAAAGUGACUGGGAUUCUGGACUGGGAAUUCUGUGGAUAUUAUCCUGUCUGGUGGCAGUAUGUGUCUGCUGGGUCGGGAGACCCAGAGGAAGAACGAUGGCUGAAAAUCAUGCAUGGGAAGGUCAAAGAUCAAUACCCGGAGGCAACAGAUUUUUUCAGGGAUCUUCGUUCCCUUACCUAUUAUCCAGACUUGACUGAACACGGCAAAAAGACACUGGAAAAGCUGAUGGCAGACGGGGAAUGA